GUUGCAGACACUACUCUAAUGGGGAGACACUAUGGUGGAAGAAAAGAGUUGAAGAGAUCCAGAACAUCUGCUAAGACUCCCACAAGCAAGCGAUCCAGAAAGAAUCGCCACAUUGAAGCUAAGGUUGCACGUAGCCCAUCUCCAAGUUCCUCAGGGACUUCGUCUGAGGAACGUUCGAGUGGUAUAGCUUCUGGAGUCAUGGCAGUCUACAAGGAGCCAUCAGUGUAUGAUAACUUGCUUGCUACGCUGGGAAAAAGUAGUAAUUCUCUGGCUGAUGCGUGCAGAAGAAGACAACAAGAAGAAGAAGGUAGAAGUGACAUAGAUGAAGAAGAGGAUGAUGACUCUGGAUCUCCUAGUGCAUCUGGAGAAGAGGAUAAUAGCGAGAAAGGAUCUGAUACUGAAUCUGACUUGAGUCAUGCUGAGGGAACUGACCUCAUGGAUCAGAAUGAAGAAACUGACACAGAAUAUGAAGAUGAAGUCUCCGACAUGGAUCAAGAGCACGAUGUGGGAAUCAAUGGGCAAACUAAUAAUGCACCAGAAAGUGUGAGUUCCUUCUUUGAUCAUCUGGGACACAAAUUAUCAGAAGUGCAUGUCAAUGAUUUGAAAAAAAUGAAAUGGAAGUUCAAAUGGAAAGUACCUGCUGUUGGCAUGUCGAUGGCCAAAUGGAUAGGGACAGGACAGUGUUUCUUUAAGGAGGUUGAUCAUAAUUCUGAUUAUGGCCUUAAGAUAAAGUUAUAUGAGCAUUGGUUGGAUGUCUACAAGAAAGAUGAUGGCAGUGAUUUUCAUUCAUCCAAGCAGAGACUAUUUUUCUCAGUUUGCAAUACCUAUCGUGAUAUAAUGCACUGCGACAAGAAGCCCUUCUAUCUCAGAGGCAUGGAAGAAGAUUCAAGCAUCAUGGAUGCAUACAUUAUGCAUGCUUUAAAUCAUGUUUUCAGAACCAGAGAUCUUGUGACUAAAAACAAUGAGAAAUUAGCCAAGCAUCAAGAAGAUGUGAAAGCAGAAAUUGUUAGUGGUGAUGGAAUUCUUGAUCAUGGAUUUACCCGACCUAAGGUACUGAUACUACUGCCCCUUGCGAGUAUUGCACUUCGGGUUGUUAAGAGGAUAAUAAAUUUGACUCCAUCAAAAAAUAAAGUUAAUGUGGAGCACAUGGAUCGUUUCAUUGAUGAGUUUGGAACUGGGGAGGAUAAAGAGAGUGAUGAUGACAAGAAUAAGUCACUAGAAAAUUUUCAUCAUGAUGAAAAUUCAAAGCCUCAGAAGUCAUCCAAGCCUUCAGAUUUUCAAGCCCUUUUUGGUGGGAACAACAAUGACCACUUUAUUCUUGGCAUCAAGUUUACUAGGAAAAGCAUAAAGCUGUAUAGUGAUUUCUACUCCUCAGACAUGCUUGUUGCUUCACCUCUUGCGCUAAUUACUAAAAUUGGGGAGGCUGAGAUUGAGAAGGAUAAAGAUGUUGAUUAUCUUUCCUCUAUAGAGGUACUGAUUAUUGAUCAUGCAGAUGUGAUAGCCAUGCAGAAUUGGUCACAUGUGAAUUCCGUAGUUGAACAAUUGAACCGUAUACCCUCUAAGCAGCAUGGUACUGACGUUAUGCGCAUUAGACACUGGUAUCUGGAUGGACAUGCACGAUUUUAUCGACAAACAAUAAUUUUAGGUUCCUUUAUAAACCCAGACAUCAAUGCAUUGUUCAACCACCAUUGUGUUAGUUACCAAGGAAAGGUGAAGUUGAUAUGCGACUAUAAAGGUGUUCUUCCAAAAGUAUUACUUCAAGUACGGCAGAUUUAUGAGCGUUUUGAUGCUACCUCAAUCGCUGAUGCUGAUGAUGCCCGCCUUGAUUAUUUUGCGAAGAAGGUAUUUCCUAAAAUGAAGUAUUCUAUUGAGGGUGGAAUUAUGAUAUUUAUAAGUUCUUACUUCGAAUUUGUUCGGAUUCGUAAUUUCUUGAAGUCCCAGAGUGCAUCCUUCUGUAUGCUUAGCGAGUACACAAAGCAGAGUGAUAUAUCUCGUGCACGGGUUUGGUUUUUUGGAGGAAAGCGGAAGAUCAUGCUCUACACGGAGAGAGCUCACUUCUAUCACAGAUAUAAGAUUCGUGGCAUACAGAAUUUAAUAAUCUACUCUCUUCCAGAAAGAAAAGAAUUCUACCCAGAGAUUGUUAAUAUGCUUGAAGGCUCGCAUAACAUGACCUGCACAGUGCUCUUUUCUUGCUUUGAUCAGUUCCGGCUUGGGAGGAUCGUUGGAACUGCACCUGCAAAGAGGAUGGUAUCAUCAGAGAAGAAUACAUUUGUUUUCUGUUAAAGAGUAACUAUUUUGUGAUGGUUAUAUUGGGAGGAUCAUUGGAACUGAACCUGCAAAGAGGAUGGUGUCUCAGGGGAAAGGAUUUAUUUGUUUUUGUUAGGGCUUGACAGCAUACUGUAGCUGGAAAAUUACUUGAAUGAGUUGCAGUGGUGAUAGUAGAAAAAGCUAAUCAGUUGUCGGUGAGAAUUUUGAAUGCAGUACUGCUCUAUCAGAAAAGGCAGUCUUCAUUUAUUUUUCCAGGUAUUAUUCUUCAUCAGUAAACCACAUUCCAAAAUUGGGGGACAACAAGCAUCAAAGUUACCACCAAAAACUAUUGCUGGGUUAAAUUACAUGUUUAUGUAGUAGAA